UGUUGAUUUCUACGGAGCAUAAACAUAUGAACGAAUAAGAGACAGAGAUAUUAAAAACAAGCUGUCAAUUUCCGAGGAAGCAGGGGAAUGAGGAAACGGUACUCACGGGGAAAAAAAACUAAAAAUUAGGAAACGCAACCCACGUACAGUACUGAAAUACAGUGGUCUUUUCAGAAAGUAAAAAAAAAAAAAGAAAAAAAGAAAAGCAACAACCAACGGUGCUUCUUUAACACGCUGCAUUCCACCAGCCCCUGCUUAUCCCAGAGAGCUCUCCAAAUAGGACAAAGACUGAAACAUAUCAUGUGUUGUUUUAUUAGCCUCUAUCUAUGCCUUAGUUUAGCUCUGACAUACAGUAAACAAAGUUCAGUCACCAGGGCACACCCUGCAGAGUCCAAGAGAGCACAACUGGAUAAUGUAGAGACUGAAAAACAACUCCUCUAUGUAAAAGUGCUUUGCUUCGAAUGCCAGUAAAUACUUGAAGGAUUUGCAUUCAUCUUAGCCAUCCAUCCUGGCAUGCACUCAAACACGCACGCCCUCAGAGCUACGUGGAGAGGGGACAUGCUCCCGGGUGUCAGCAGUGGAGGGCGGGCUCAGGCUUAGUCACUCCAGCGCUGCACUCUAUGCAACAUUUCUCCUCACUCACUCACACACACACACACACACACAUCACACGCACACACACACAUAACUCCUGGUGUGGCAAUAAAACUGGAUUAAAAUCAUCUUUACAAAUCUCACGCAAAGAACCAACACAAGAAAAAUGGCUGAUAUGGAUUAUGUCGGCGAAGAUGACUCCAGCUACAACGAAAGCUACGAGUACGAUUACGAGCACAGCGUCUGUGACAAAGAGGAUGUGCGCUCUUUCGCUGGCGUCUUCCUCCCGGCUGUCUACGCCGUGGCUCUGGUGGUCGGCCUGGCUGGGAACUCCCUGGUGGUUGUGGUCUACACGUCGCGGCUGAGGCUGCGGACGCUGACGGACGUGUGCAUCCUUAACCUCGCCAUUUCGGACCUGCUGCUCCUCCUCACCCUGCCCUUCUGGGCGGCCGACGCCGUCCACGGCUGGAUGUUGGGCUUGGCGGCCUGCAAGAUCACCUGCUUCCUGUACAGCACCAACUUCAGCUGCGGCAUGCUGAUGCUGGCGUGCAUCAGCGUGGACCGCUACCGCGCCGUCACCCAGAGUCCGACGAGCAGAACCGGGACGGGGCACCGGGCGAAGAGACAGUGGCUUCUGGUGUGCGUCGUGCUGUGGGCUACGGCCAGCUUUCUAGCCCUUCCCGAAUUAAUUUUCUCCAGGGUGAAGCACUCCCACCACAGGAGUUUCUGCACGGCCGUUUAUCUGCCCAGCAUGGCUCGGCCUGUGAAGGCUUCCCUGGAGCUGCUGGAGGUGACUCUUAGUUUCUUGCUGCCCUUCCUGGUCAUGGUGGUGUGCUACUCCUUGGUGGGGCGGGCGCUGACCAAGGCCGUCGGGGUGCAGAGGGACCGGAAGUGGCGCGCCCUGCGGGUGCUCCUGGCCGUGGUGGCCGUGUUCCUCCUCACCCAGCUGCCCUACAACGUGGUCAAGCUGUGCCGCGCGAUGGACGUCAUUUACAUGCUCGUGACCGACUGCGAGGUCAGCAAGAGCCUGGACCGCGCCCUCCAAGUGACGGAGAGCCUGGCCCUCACCCACGCCUGCAUCAACCCCCUCCUCUACGCCUUCAUCGGGUCCUCCUUCCGGGGACACGUGCUAAAGGCCGCCAAGCACCUCGGGCAGCGGCUUGGGAGACACUCGAGACAUGUCCCGGAGGAGCCGGCGGUGGAGAUCGCCCUCAAGGCGAACAAUCAAGCCGAAUCCCAAUCCGGUUCGGAAGACCAAGAUACCAGCACCUUCACUAUUUAAGACUCUUAUCUAUUUCCUAGUAAGCACCUAUACAAAAUUAGACUAUACGUCUCUGUAUUUACACGCUUUACUAUCAUACAAGACAGAUAUCAGUAGCCAUAGAUAUUAAUUCUUACAUAUGUAUGUACAGUGACUUUAUAUGCACUAACUACACAAAGUAUUUUGUAUAAAUGAUGUAUUUUGGUAAAUAAAAGAACAAAUAUUUUCAGUGACAUGCAAUUAAAUGCAGCUGAAGCUCUGAAA